AUGUCGGAUGUACCACCUACCAGUGACCCCAUGGCCGCGGCCGGACAGGACAAUGGACAAGACCUGUUUCGCCUCUCGAGGAUGGACCUGACUGUGGUGGCAUCCUCCUAUGUGAAGUGGGCAGAGAGCGGGAAGAAGGCUGACGAGCAGAACGCAGUGAUAGAUGAGGUUGUGAAGCAGCUGGUAGAAAAGGAUGCGAGUCUGGUGGCCCGGCGUCCGUUCCUCAGAGAGGUGGUCUCCAGCACAUUUGAUGCCAUGCUGGCCUCAAAAAAGGGCCAAUGGUCUGGAUUCGACGUCGUUGACAAGCUCUACCAUGACGACAUCCAUAAGCAGCUUCCAACGGUAUGGGCAAAGGUUUACCCAGAGAAGCCGGUUCCGGACACAUGGAAUAAGUACUUGCACAUCCAUUCGAUGGCCCGGAAGAUUGUCUGGGAUGGCCUCUCUCCCACCCAGAAGGCAGAAUGCAGUGCACUUGCUAUGGUGUGGAACACUGUCUCUCCUCCAGCGAGUGUUCUAGAUAUAGAAUAUACACGCCGGUUCACUGCCAAGCUUGCCAAGUUCCUGGCAGACAUACGUCGGGACUUUGGCGUCCAUGGCUCCUUCAUUUGGGGGCAUGUCCAUGCUGAUGGUGAACCAAGUUUUGGAUGCUCCGACACCAACUCUUCCGAGUUACACCUUCCGGCCUGGCUCAGGGAGAUGGGUGCUGACAAACGGUAUGAAGUCAUACAAUCGUUUGCCAAGUUUUACAGAGCCAACUAUUGCCCUGAUAAGACCACCAAGGGAUCUGACAAGAACAAGGCGCCGGAAAUAACCAAGGAUGCGACUGGCUAUCCUAUCAUGCCGGAUGUCACUGGGCUGACCUCCAAGCCCUUGACAACUGUCUUUCGGGAGUUCCUAUUGGCGGUCCUCCACCUGGCAUUGCCAAUCUACCGGCACAAGACUGCGAAGGUUCCCUGGGGCCUUCUCUUGAAGAAGGAGAGGGAAGCAUUUACCGUCGAUUCACACUUUCCGGAGGGUGACUGGAUUGCUAUCUUUGAGCCAUCCAAGAUGGGAGAUGAUCAUAUUGCGGUCUUGUGCAAGUACUGGCAUACCAAGCAGCACACUGACAAGGUGAAUCGUCCGGUGACAUUUUCCCAGGUGAUCAUCGACCAGAAGCUUGGAUCCAGAGGGCGUGCUGAGCAAGGUAGGGCCAGCCGGAGUACAACUGCUGUCAGCCGGUCUACCACCACGCAGCCAUCCGGUGCAACCGUUCCAGAGGGCACUGCGGUCACUAUGGUUCCGGCGUCAACCAUACAAGAUGGAGAUGGGGAUGAUGACUUUUUCUCCUGCAUAACAAAUCCACCGGUACCUCGCCCAUCUACGAGACGCCGGAUUGGCUCUCCGGAGAUGGAGGAAGGUACUGGAUCAGAGCAUGUGGAUGAUGGAAUGGUGGCAGGAACUGAUGCCGACUUUGAUUUUGCACUGGAGCUUGACCUUGGUCUCGACUCUGAAAGUGAAGAUGGCCUGCCUGCACCUGAGGUCAUUGACAAAACACAGUCCGAUAAACUUCAGGCGCCGGUGGUCAGCAUAUCAGUCUCUGAUACCGGCAUCCAACCUACUCAGGCACCAGCACCAGCACCGGCACCACACCACAAGCCCAAGCCCACUCAAAAGCGGAAGGUCGACACUGAGGAAUACUCUGAUGAACAGGCUCCUAGUAGCAGUGCAAGCAAGCGAAUCCGGAAGGCCAGCAAUGACACUGCAGGUGCCAAGGCUCAGAGACGCCCAGAGCCGGAUUCAGACAUAGACACCGACUCCGGUAAGGACUCUGAUGUGGACUCUGGAAGUGAAGCACCAGAGCCUGUAACUCCGGUUCGCACUCGGAGCCAGAGGAAGGCCGACACAGGGAAGACCAUUCGUGCGCCAGCCAGCCGGCCCACCCGCAAUGCAAACAACACUGGGCGGGUCACUCGUAGCCAGGCUGUUCCAGCACUUAGCACUCGAAGCCGUAAAUCAAAACCGAAGCGUCAUUGA